CGGAGCUAUAUCAGCACAGAAAGAACACAUUGAAUUACCUGUCUCGGAUAUUUGAACAAUACGUAUGCAUUUGUCCACUCAUGCAGGCUUGCAGGUGACUUGACCGCACCUCAAACGAGUUACCCUUUAUCCCUUUAUCAAUACAUCUCUGUAUAUAUACAAUCAUUUACAUUUAUAUUAAAUAUAUAUAUAUAUUAUAAAUUCAUUAUCAUCUACAAAUGCCUUCCUUGGCUAGACGCGUGCACUCAACAACCGAUCUGACGGCGCUCAGAAGGUUUGAGAACAGAGUCGAUCAACGAGAUGAAUGCGAAAGCACAAUAUGGGACUACGAUGAUGGUAGCUUAGGAACAGCCCACACAGCAACGGCAUCGAAUGCAUCGUCGGCUGGCCUCUCUGCGCUUGUGCUAGAAUUGCAAGACAAGGAUCUAUCCGAGUUUGUUGACACUGAUCUGCCUGAGUUCGAUCGGACGAAAUCAUCGAGUGGCACUUAUGCAACCUACACUGAUAAAGCGCCAGCCGAACUCGAAAUCGACGUCGAUGUGGGGGUGCCCACCUUCGUAGCCGACUCGAUGCAAACCCUGUCUGGUGUUCGUAUCCCUCUGAUACCAGAGCGCGCUGUGAGUUCAAUAGCCCUGGACAAGGAACGACUCAGCGAGGGUGCGGGAAACUCUCCUGAUCUUAGCGCUCGCUUGGCUGUGCGACGGACACGUACGCUGCCACCGUUUGUGAAGCACCUGUCGCCGAUGGAGAAGAAAUUGAGUGAGCGGAUAUUGACAGACGAUGCGUGGAUGAUGCGAAGUAAAGCCAAAGCGAACGCAAGGAUUCUACGGGGAGAAACAAACGAUUCGAAGAAAUUGUCCAGGGGCCGGUCGACAAGUGCACUGUCAGGCAUGGGCGCCCAAUCGAGCUCGCUUUCAGACCUUUUCUUAGAGAUGCUGGGGCGACCCGUGAAGCAUGAUACCGAAACCUGGUAUGACAAACUCAACAAGAAGGCGGGUGGCCAGAAUGGGGCCCAAAAUGGGUCUCAAUUGAACCUAAGUGUUAUGGCCUGGGACAGCGUACACGUACUCCCAGGACAGGCAGUGGCACCCAAUGAACAUUGCAAGGUUGUGACCGUGAAAGGAGAUGCAGGCGCCGAGACAAGGGAGGAGCGGUCCAUUCAGAUUGUGCUCCGCCCCACUGACGUAGCGGAGACAUGGUCCAGAUUUGAAUACGACAGGACACCCGGACAACCCCCGCAGUUCACAAUGGAGGAUCUGCAGCAGAUGCGCAAUGAGAUGAUCAGCUACAAGAUCACUGAAAUGGAUGUCCAUCCCGAAAGCAGGCAGAAUACACACAUCUACAGACCAGAAAUAUCACGAUAGUGCUGGUCUUUCUAAUGGGACCGAUUCGACCUCAUGGACACCUUGCAUAGGCUCGUCUCCUCAGAGCUCACUUGUGCCGGAGACAUGGCCAAGCACUGACAUAACUACCGACUGGUGCGACCGAACACCACAUAUAAGCAACCGAUAAGACCGCUCCCAAUCAGCCCACGACAUGAUGAAUCAGCUUGAUGGGAGAGGCGUCCGAAGGAUCAUCCAUUGGGCUGAAGAGCGGAUAAAACUAAGUGUAAAAUAGGCUUUUCAAGCGGUUCGAGUUGGAGAUCCCAUGUGUAUCGGUGACACGUGUAUGUAUGCCUGACUCUCGCUUAGCGGCCGGUUGGUUAUAUAGCGUCGCGGUCACGCAUGCUUCGUGUAGGUAUUAUAUGCACACAUGGGCAGGACACCUCAUUCCACAGCACAGUCGUAUAUAGAGCAUACGGGCGAUGUAGGAUUGUCUGCCGGACUACAAAUGGGCCAAGGAAUGUAAGCUUAAUAGUGCGGCCCAGUAUAACUCUGCCACCCAACAAAUAAAAUGGAAAAAGUGC